UUUUAGGAGAAGGGAGAAGGUACAUGGCUGAAGCAGCACCACAAUUAAGUGGCCGAUGACUUCCCGAACGCCACAAGCAACCACCGGCUCCAUCGCCAUGGCGACGGCUGUCGGACCGCCUGUGCGCGCCUCGAUCGCCGCCCUCCGAUCUAGCUCACCUUCCAGAGAGAGUCGACGGGGCGGGACGGGGAGCGUGCUCCGGGUGCUCCGGAGCGACCGGGACUUCCUCCGCGAGCGUCUCCGGCCCCUGACCAACACGCUGGGAGAAAUCCUCUGGCUGCGGAACUUGGAAGACCCCCGCGCAAAGGACGCACCCAUCACCGACUCCGCCUGGCCUAGAAUUUCGCAUCCGCCGGGGCUCUCUUCUUUGGAUCUACUGAUGGCUGAUUUGGAAGCCUUGAAGGUGUAUGCUAAUUAUUUCCAGGACACUUUCAAAAUUUUUGUCAUGCCUCUACCUGAGGUUUAUGAUCCCGAGAAAGUAGCACUUUAUUUUAGUCUUCGUCCUCAUAUACUAGCUUUCAGAAUUGUUGAGGUAUUCUUGUCAUGGGCCUCUUUUGCUAUAAAACUUCAAACCUCCAAAGCUUUCAAUGUGAAUAAGCAAAGUGUAAACCUUAAUGAUGGUAUUGACAACUCACAGUAUCUAGCUGGGAAGCUUGUUAAGGAGUCUCUUCUGAAUCUUGGUCCAACUUUUAUCAAAGUUGGCCAGUCCCUAUCUACAAGACCAGAUAUAAUUGGUUCUGAUGUUUCAAAGGCAUUGUCUGAGUUGCAUGAAAAUGUGCCUCCUUUUCCACGUACUGUUGCACUGAAAGUUAUGGAGGAGGAAUUUGAAUGUCCUAUAGAAAGGAUUUUCAGUUACAUCUCAGAAGAACCUGUAGCUGCUGCAUCAUUUGGCCAGGUCUAUCGUGGAUGUACAAUUGAUGGUACUGUUGUUGCGAUAAAGGUCCAACGCCCAAACUUGCUUCCUUCAGUUGCACGAGAUAUCUACAUUUUGCGCCUUGGGCUAACACUCUUGAGGAAGAUGGCAAAAAGAAGAAGUGAUCUUCGCCUCUAUGCUGAUGAGCUUGGUAGAGGAGUAAUUGGUGAACUAGACUACACUAGGGAAGCAGCUAAUGUUGCUGCAUUUUCGGAAGUACAUUCUCAAUAUUCAUUUAUCAAGGUCCCCAAGGUGUUUAUGAAUUUAACAAGCAAAAGAGUUCUCACCAUGGAAUGGAUAGUUGGUGAAAAUCCCAAUGACUUGCUUGCCCAAGCCAAAGAAUUUGGAAAGGAGAACAAUCGAUAUCCGGAAAGGAAAAGAUUAGAAGCAAAAGUACACCUUGUUGAUAUGGUGAAGAAAGGCGUGGAAUCAACAUUAAUCCAACUUCUUGAAACAGGCCUAUUGCAUGCUGAUCCGCACCCUGGAAAUUUACGUUAUACUCAAGAAGGGCAUAUUGGGUUUCUUGAUUUUGGUUUGCUUUGUCGGAUGGAGAAAAAACAUCAGCUUGCUAUGCUUUCUGCCAUAGUUCACAUAGUUAACGGAGACUGGAAUGCACUUGUCUAUGAUUUGAUGGAAAUGGAUGUUGGAAGGCCAGGAACCAAUCUUCGUCGUGUAGCAAUGGAUUUGGAAGAGGCCUUGGGCGAAGUAGUCUUUAUCAAUGGAAUUCCUGACAUGAAGUAUAGUCGUGUUUUAGGUAAAAUUUUAUCUGUAGCAGUCAAGUAUAAUUUUCAUAUGCCACCAUACUUCACGCUGCUUUUGCGCUCUUUGGCUUCAUUUGAAGGGUUGGCUGUAGCAGCAGAUCCAAAUUUUAAGACGUUUCAAGCUGCAUACAAUUUUGUUUCAACGAGACUACUGUAUGAUAAUUCAGCUGCAACCAGAAAAAUAUUGCAUUCGGUUGUCUUCAACAAAAGGAGGGAAUUGAAAUGGGACAGGAUUUUGCUUUUCCUUAGGCUGAGUAACAUGAGAAAAAACACAUCUGUGGUAGAAUUAGAAAUGUUGCCUACAAAUAGAUCAUCAUUUGGACAAACUGACAAAGGGGAGGUCUUCGAUACUGCGAACCUCAUCUUGAGGCUGUUAACGUCAAAAGAUGGUGCGGUUUUCCGAAGAAUUCUGAUGACUGCGGAUUCAACUUCUUUAGCUCGCACAUUCAUCUCUAAAGACGCAAAACCCCUCCGCAGAGAUCUCAGUUCCGCUCUCGCUGAUAUUCUCUUCCAGUGGACGUCAGAGGCCUUCAGAAGAAAUGGAGUUGAAGAGAGGAACAAACUUAACCGAAACAUGAUCCUAGAAAGUGAACAAAUGGAAAGAAAACCAGCCUCACCAUCCAAGUUAUCGGUACCUUUGUUGCAAACUGUUCUCCGAGACAAAAGGCUCAAGGUUAUAUUUUACAAAAUUGCAAAUGGUGUAAGACAAGACUCGAUGCUGACGGUGCGAGUAUGUUGGAGUUUAGCGGCUGUCCUUGCUACUGCUGCAGUACUUGCGAUGCAUCGAGCUCUUGUUUACUGGUCAGAAACUCAUGGAAGAUCAUUUUUACCAAGGCGAAUCGCACUUAGCAUUCCAUGAGGCGCUUCUAGGAGUCCAUAGGAUAUCGACAUUUUUCAACAAAGAGAAAAAUGUUACUUUGUACAGAAUGUAGUUGAAGUAGUUUAACAAAUGUUGAUCAAUUAUUCUUUUAAACCACUUAUGGAGUUGUUGCACCUCGUAAGGUGUUUUGCAUGGGGAGAUUCGUGGUUUGUGUUGAGUGUAGGAGUGUAACUGAAUUGAGUCUAACAAUAAGAGGUUCAAAUUUGGCUCGGUUAGUUUUUUCUAA